AUGGCCAAACUGCUGUCCUACAAGGAAAUCUCUGAACACAAAUCGCGGGAUGACCUGUGGAUGAUUAUCGAUGGCAAGGUGUACGAUUGCACCAAGUUCAUGGAUGAACAUCCAGGUGGUGAGGAAGUGUUGCUGGAUCUAGGAGGAAUGGACGCCACGGGCCCCUUUGCGGAUAUCGGCCACUCCGAUGAUGCUGUCAAAAUGCUGGCCGAUCUAUACGUAGGAGACCUAGACACGGAAAGCGAGCCUGUUCACACAAAAGAACCCGAACCAGCAUCUGCUACCACAGGCGGAGAGGGCAAUGGUGUGUUUGUGCUUGCCGUGUUGGCCAUUGUGGCCGCCAUUGUCUACUUCUACCUCAACAAAUCGUGA